AUGUUAAUAAUGGAUAAGUGCAAGCACAUUGGGCAGUUGCAGAUUGCUCAAGACCAUUCCAUUCUCAACCCUCAGAAAUGGCACUGUGUGGACUGCAAUACGACUGAGUCGAUUUGGGCUUGCCUUAGCUGUUCCCAUGUUGCCUGUGGAAGAUAUAUUGAAGAGCAUGCACUCAAGCACUUUCAAGAAAGCAGUCAUCCUGUUGCGUUGGAGGUGAAUGAGAUGUAUGUUUUUUGUUACCUUUGUGAUGAUUAUGUUCUUAAUGAUAAUGCAACUGGAGACCUGAAGUUACUACGAAGUACAUUAAAUGCAAUCAAAAGUCAAAAUUAUCACUGCACCACUCGUAGUGGAAGGGUUUUACGGUCUAUGGGUACAAGUGAUGAUUCUUAUUUCUUACAUGAUGGCGCCCAAUCUCUGCUUCAAAAUGAAGAUCAAAUGUAUACCGCUCUUUGGCACAGGAGAAGGAUGCUCAUGGGUAAAAUCUUUAGAAUGUGGUUUGAACAGUCACCCAUUGGAAGAAAAAGGCAAGAAGAACAAUUUCAGGAAAAGAUAGUAGCAAAAAGAGAAGUGAAGAAAAGACGGCAAGAAUUAGAGGAUCAAGUUAAAGCAGAAUUGGAAAGUAUGCCUCCAAGAAAGAGUUUACGUUUGCAAGGUCUAGCUCAGUCCACCACAAUAGAAAUAGUUCCUGUUCAGGUACCACCACAAACUCCAGCAUCACCAGCAAAAGAUGAAGUAGUAUCUACCUCAGAAGAUGUAGGACUUAAAAAAAUCAGUGACUCCUCAGUUAAACGAAGGCCAAUAGUAACUCCUGGUGUAACAGGAUUGAGAAAUUUGGGAAAUACUUGCUAUAUGAAUUCUGUUCUUCAGGUAUUGAGUCAUUUACUUAUUUUUCGACAAUGUUUUUUAAAGCUUGAUCUGAACCAAUGGCUGGCAGUGACUGCAAGUGAUAAGACAAGAUCUGCUUAUAAGCAUCUAGCAGUUACAGAUACAGUAGUAUAUCAAAUGAAUGAAUGCCAAGAAAAAGAUACAGGUUUUGUUCGGUCCAAACAUUCAAGUUUGUCAUCAGGACUAAGUGGUGGGGCAUCAAAAAGUAGAAAGAUGGAGCUUAUUCAGCCAAGAGAGCCAAGUUCCCAAUACAUUUCUCUUUGUCAUGAAUUGCAUACUUUAUUCCAAGUCAUGUGGUCUGGAAAGUGGGCCUUGGUCUCACCAUUUGCUAUGCUACACUCAGUGUGGAGACUAAUUCCUGCUUUUCGUGGUUAUGCCCAACAAGACGCUCAGGAAUUUCUUUGUGAACUUUUGGAUAAAAUACAACAUGAACUAGAGACAACUGGUACCAGUUUACCAGCUCUUAUCCCCACUUCUCAAAGGAAACUUAUCAAACAAGUUCUGAAUGUUGUAAAUAACAUUUUUCAUGGACAACUUCUUAGUCAGCAAAGCGUAGAAGGUUUUCCUCAAAACCAGUUGUACUCACAGAAGCCCAGAAACAGCUUAUGA